CUUUGAUUGGAUAACAUGCUCCACAACAUUGACGUCAUCAGUAGCAAUAUGGCAGCUCCCAUGAACAGUGUGGGUAAAACCUCAGCUGACCGUUUACAGGCUAAUUGUACGAGCUUUCAGAAGAAAACAAGGAGUAAAUUGAUCUCUAUACCCGGGACGAGACCUUCGGUCCAAAACGGACAGCUCUUAGUUUCGACCGGUGUCACGUCGCUGGACUACCUGCUCGGUGGUGGAUUAGCAGUUGGUACAGUGCUUCUCAUUGAGGAGGACCGAUUUGACAGCUACUCCCGCAUGAUCUUGAAGUACUUUCUGGCAGAGGGAGUGGUGUGUCGGCAUGAACUUUUUGUGGCAACAGCUCAAGAUAACCCUGAUGAAAUCCUACAGGAGCUUCCAGCCCCUAUCUUGGAUGAUGUUGCUGUUCCUAAACCCGUGGAGCAGCCCAGACCGACUGGUGAACCCCAGGACAGCUUGGAUGCCAUGACGAUAGCCUGGCGCUAUCAGAACCUGCCUAAAGUACAGAGUGCUUUGGCAUCUUCCUCUCGAUUCGGACACUACUAUGACGUCUCAAAGACGAUGGAGGCAGAGAUUCGCCAAGCGGCCAAGUGCCACUGCUUCUACCUUCCAGAUCACAUCACCCCGUCAUCAGCAGCACACAGUGCCAGAGUUGAGUCCUACUCUGCCUUACUGAAGUCACUGCAAGAGGUCAUACACAGAGAGGGCUUUGAUUUGGCGACCCCCAUGUCAAAGUCACGUAACAUCCUGCGUGUGGGGCUUCACUCUCUGGGCUCAGCUCUGUGGGGGGACGACCUGUGUUGCCAUGACAAACCUAGACACAGCCACGCCCUGACUACCUUUCUGUAUGGACUCCGUGCGUUGUUGAGGUCAUCGCUUUCGGUUGCUGUAGUAACCUUACCAUCACAUCUCAUCCAGGACAGAGCUCUAAUGGGCAAUAUAACCCGGCUGUGUGACAAUGCCAUCGCCCUGGAAUCAUUCAAAGGCUCUGAGAGAGAGACCAACCCUCUCUACAAAGACUACCACGGCCUGCUGUUUGUGCGCCAGGUGCCUCACCUGAACUGUCUGGCCAGGCAACUCCCUGACCACAAGGAUCUGGCUUUUAAGCUCAAGAGAAAGCAGUUUACUAUUGAGGUAUGUUUCCAGCUUUAAUCUUUGGCGCACUCU